AUGGUUCGCCUGGAGGUGACUUACAUGUUCCCCGCAUGGCUGCUCUACUAUUUCUUGUACAUGGUGCUUCAGCGGACUGCGACUGGACGGCCUACGUUCGGAUUCAUCAUUGCCCAAAGCGUGCCAUUCGAAGCGGGCGGCAUUCACCACGCCGCUCUCACCAACAACAUCGGCAUGCUGAAGAUUGCCCUGGCGAGGAAUCCCGAAUGUGUGAGCUAUAGCGACCAGCAUGGCCAGCAACCUGUCAUGCACGCUAUCCAGUCGGGUAGCGUUGAGGCCGUACAAAUCCUUCUCCAUGCGGGAGGAAACCUCGACAUACGGGACAGCUACGGAACGUCAGCGGGCCAGAUGGCCGCGGCCGUCACUAUCGCCAAAGUCCACUCCCAAGACAAGCUCGAAAGCCUGGCCAGGCUUAUUCCGGUCUCUCGAUACAUAGAGGAUCUUGAGUUGUCGACGCUGCACCUUGUGGCCUCGGGUUAUCUGGUGGGCGAUAUAGCUUCGAUACUAUCUCGCGAGGAUGCUCACGAUGUGGACAUAAACUGCGUGGAUGGUUUUGGAAGAACACCUCUUUACUGGGCUGUUAGGGUCGGCAAUACACCUGCGGCUAGAGAGCUGCUCCGCCACGGUGCCGAUAUCAGCCUCCAGCCCCAGUUCGGCUCGUCACUGUUGGCAGCAUCGCUCACGAUGAAGGAGGGCUUAGAGUGCUUCAGGUUGCUAGUCGACCAUGGUGCAAAGCUCGACGUAGCUUCGGAGCACGAUGGAUGGUAUCCCAUUCAUUGGGCUUGCUGGUAUGAUCGACUCGAAGAGGUCAAGAUGAUGGUGUCCGCUGGAGUGGAUGUGAACGUUCAGAUGAGGGCGGAAAGGGCCACAAGCUUGAACGUGGCCGCACAGCGAGGCCAUGUCGACAUACUCGAAUACCUGCUUCGCAUCGGGGCGGACGCCAGCAUCGCCGACGAUGCUGGGUAUACGCCUCUGGCGGAAGCCACAAUUGCCAACACGGCCGGGUGCAUCGAGGUCUUGCUUCGGCACGGAGCUAGUCUUCAACCUGCCCAGGGUCGAAAUAUCCUUUACGAAGCGGCAGAAUUCGCAAAUGUCGAAACAUUUACCGCCUUGACCGAUAGCCUGUCUGAAGUUAUUCGACAGGAUAUAGAUGGUCAAAUGCUUAAGGAGCGGUUUGGAAAACGUGGAGAUGUGCCUCAGGAUAUUGCGGAAGCAUUUGCAAUGUUGAUAAAAGAAAUCGGCUCAGAAGAAAUAGUGGAGAGGGAAGAUGGAGUGUGUAAUGAAGGAGAAAUUGAACCUGACUUGGAAUAUGAUGGCGAGGUGUUUUUUGAUGCUCUGGAAUGA